AUGCCAACCCGUCAUCUAUCCAACCUUCGCCAGUGGCUUCUCUCCUCACCGCCGGCAGAAUGGGCCAUCAAUCAACUCCGCGAGCUCUUAAUCGGUGCUCUUCGUCAAGGCCCUGUGCCUAGACAUGUUGCGUUUGUCAUGGACGGAAAUAGACGGUAUGCAAAGAACAACAGGAUUGAAACGGUUGAGGGGCAUAAUCUGGGAUUCGAGGCACUCGCAAAGAUACUGGAAGUAUGCUACAAAUCUGGCGUGCACACCGUCACGAUAUACGCCUUCAGCAUUGAGAACUUCAAGCGCAGCAAAUACGAGGUUGACGCUCUGAUGUCCAUGGCCAAAAUCAAACUGAAACAACUCGUGCAACACGGCGAGCUGCUCGAUCGCUACGGCGCGAGAAUACGGAUAUUAGGCCAACGCGAAUUGAUCAAACCGGAUGUUCUCGAGGCCGUGGACAAAGCAGUCGAAAUGACGAGUAGGAACGAAGGGAACUGUGUCUUGAACGUGUGUUUUCCGUAUACUUCGAGAGAAGAGAUCACAACUGCCAUUCGGAGCACGGUGGAGGAGUGGACAACGCCUUUACCAGAUGAUAUCAGUGGCCAGGACAGAAAAAACCCAUUCAAGGAGGAGAGAAUCGCCAGUACGAUAUGGUCCGAACAGUUUGCCCAACAAGCAACAUCGAACUCACCCUCGACGAGGACCUAUCUGUCGCCACCUGGGCCGGAUUUACAGUCCCCCUCGUCAAGUACAACGAGCUUGUCGUCUUAUUCACCCGACCCGUCUGACCGCGACCACGACGCCUCGUCCGUCUCAACCUCGACAACUUUACAUCAUGAUGAGAAUGCCACGUCUCCCUCACCACCACUGCGACCACUAACCACACCACAAAAGUCGACGCAGCAGUCGAAACCACAGUACCCUUCACCCGAACUGAUCACCCCGGCCACCAUCACAUCCCACACAUACACAGCCAGCUGCCCACCUAUUGACCUGCUCAUCCGCACCUCGGGCGUGUCACGGCUCAGCGACUUUAUGCUGUGGCAGUGCCAUGAGUCGACGCAGAUUGUGUUCUUGGACGUUCUGUGGCCCGAUUUUGAUCUGUGGUCGUUUCUCCCAGUGCUGUGGGAGUGGCAGUGGCGCAAACGGCGCGAGCAGAGGGAUGCCCAGGAAAAUGAAGAUCGGGCAGAGGAGAAGAGACGAGGGAAGUCGUCCAGCGCCAGCAAAGCGAAGAGAGCUGCGGAUCUGCUCCAAGGGCACGCUUCGUGA